AUGGCUCCAAAUAGAACUGUACUUCGACAACUAUAUUUAUUUGAUUGUGACGGUGGUCGCAGCAGCAUAUUCAAUGAUAAUUCGGCGCUUAUGGAGUUACCAAACAAUUGCGAGUUACAUCUAUUUUGGAAUAGUCAUGAUUCAAAUAUUAAUGCUCUCCUCUACCGAUUGAAAGACAAUCAACAACUCCGUCUUCAUGCAACUAGUUGUACCAACAACAAAAAUGCAGCUGAUGGAUUAUUGAUCUAUCAUUUGGGUAAAUUAAUCAGUGAAUUUGAAAAAAUAGUUAUUGUCCACGGCGGCGAUACUAUCUUUGAUGAAGUUAUUGAAGAAACUAAGAUUGGUUCUCAUAAAGUGAACUCUCCACACCCAGAUGAGCUACGAAAGUUAAUUGGAGACAUGAAAAAAUUUAAUCAAGACAAUCUGCUUACUACAAACAAUGUCCAGUCUGUUCCAGAAAACCCAGUCCAGAUUCUACUAUCAAACACGUGUCCUAAGUGUAAUAAGAAGCGUAAAACCAUCCUUGGAACGGUACAGCAUAUGAUGGUAAAGCAUCACCUGAACAAUAGUGAUAUAGUGAAUCUUGGUGUACGAAAUGGCGCACGAUAUCUUGAUUUGCCAGUUACGACAAAUACGACCCAAUCGGCGAAAUCAAACAUAAAUACAACAGAACGUUUCAAGUGCACACAUACAACAUGUUCGUCCAAAAUGAAAACGUUUAAAACGAAAAAGGCUUUACAAGAUCACUGCAAAAGCAAGCAUCCGGAUAAUGGAUUAGUUCAUCAUUAA